CAGAUGACGUUCUGGGAAAAGGAACCUAGAGAGUAAUGAGCUGGGGGGUGGGGGAAAGACUAUUUACUUCCUCUCUUCAAGUGAGCUGCCUGCGUCCCGUAAGGGCUCAGUGUAUCUGCGGCGACUUCGCUCUGAUGUGACAGCAUGAGGCGGUUGCUACCCUCAACGGCUCUGCUGCUCCUAGUUUCUGCUGGCACACAAGCUGCAAACCUCAGAAAGGCUGUGGUGGUCCUGGAGCCUCCAUACAAUAGGGUCCUCACGUCGGACAGUGUGACUCUCAAGUGCCAGGGGACCGAUCCCUUUGGGGACAGUUCCACCCAGUGGCUGCACAAUGGGACCCUCAUCUCAAAUCAGACAAGCUACUUCAUCAAAGUCGCCAGGACUGAAAACAGCGGCGAGUACAGGUGCCGGAAGGGACUCUCUGAACUCAGUGACCCCGUGCAGCUCGAAGUCCACGAGGGUUGGCUGUUGCUCUGGACGCUUCGGCAGGUGUUCCAGGAGGGGGAGCCCAUUUGGCUGAGGUGCCACAGCUGGAAGAACAAGCCCGUAUGGAACGUUCAAUAUUUCCAGAAUGGAAAAGGCAAGAAGUUUUCUUAUAAUAAUUCUGACUUCCACAUUCCAGCAGCAACAAGCAAACACAGUGGCUCCUACUUCUGCAGGGGGCUUAUUGGGAAGAAAAACAAGUCUUCAGAGGCUGUGGACAUCAUCGUUCAAGGUAAGAGCUGCACAGCUCUCGAGGGUCCAGAACCCCCUGGGCAUGGAUGGAGUCUGCACUCAGACUGUGAAGAUGAGUGGAAAGGAGAUUCUGGAAUAUUCCACAGGCUUCUUUACAAGGGGUUCUGAGGGGUGUCAUUGACUCUGCACGAACAGAAGCCACAUUUCCUGCCCCAUAAGUACACCUGUCCCUCCUUGCCCCAGUCACACCACGCCCACAAUGUUAUGUGUCCCUAGAGUGCUAGCCCAUCUUCACUGCCCUCCUUUCCUCUCCAAGCCUCAAGUCUUAGCCAAGAACCAACCUGGUGGGCGCCCCUCACUGGCUCACAGAGAGGGCAUGGAAACUGGGUCCCGGUUCUGCUGCUCAUUAAUCAUGUAACAGUGCAUAAACCAUUAGUCUCUUUGAGUCUCAAGUUCCCCUUCUGUAACAAAGAUGAGUUGACGUUUAUCGGGCACCUUUCAGUGUGCUCGACACCCCGCUAAGUGCUUCUUUCCAUGCACCCAGUUUGACCAUCACAGUGACCCCCUCACCACAAUGUUAUGAGGUUAUAGGUAUUAUUGAGUCUACCUUACGGAUGAAGUAACUCUAACUGAGGGGAGAAUGGGGGGGCGCGUUAAUGUGUCUCUAAGAUCACACCAAAGAUUCAAAGACCUUUAUCUUUUUUUUAAGAUUUUAUUCAUUUAGGGGCGCCUGGGUG